CUACUAACUGUUCGUCGCCGACUGCGACUACUCUGCGGUCUGCCGAAAUGCGAAGAAAAUCCGUCUGCCGCAGCAGCCAUAGUAACAACCUUGAGAAGCCUUUUCGCGCACCUGCGAACCACUUGCCUGCCCUUCCUGCGUAUCGCUGCCUUCAUCAUGCAGGAGAUUACGGCCAUCGAUGUGCCUGCCGCCACGCUUCGCCAGCCUUCUGCUGGCAAAUCAAUUGAUGAAUUCACUCUCCUGCUGGCCUAUCUGGGCCUGCCAUUGGGACCCGAAGACCUUCUCACCGUACUAUCUGUGGAAUGUGGUCAGCCCGAUGACAAGGAGAAACUCUUCUCAAUGAAAUGCCAGAGCGGUGAUUCCUCUAGUGCCCUCUGUUUGGCACGACUCAUCAUCGCGUGGUGUCAUGCAGGUCGUUCAUCAGCCAGUCGCGACCUCUACGCCAAACUGUGCCAGCACUCCCUGCCCCAGUUGACAAAUCAUCCAGUUCUUUUGCCCCAGCCACAAAUCCGUGUGCCGCAUCUCAUUCAUCUGCCUCGGGAGUACGUAAGGCUAUCGGCCCUAGCAACUGAGUGGCAGUACGUUCCAUCGAUCUUUCCUUAUCUAUAA